UUUUAAAAAAAUCGAGGAACACAAAAAUUGAGCCAAGACGUGCAAAUAAUAAAAAAAUGUUUGAAAUUUGGAGCUAUGAUGGGAAAAUGGUGUAUGAAAACAUCAUUGAAGUGACUGAGAACUUUAGUACCAAAUAUUGUGUUGGGGAGGGAGGAUGUGGUAUUGUUUAUAGAGCUGAUCUUAUAAGUGGUCAAGUAGUUGCUGUGAAGAAACUUCACGUAUUGCCCGAUGGUGACUUGGCUAAUCUAAAAGGCUUUACGAGUGAGAUAAGUGCAUUAACAAAGAUUCGCCAUCACAAUAUUGUAAAACUUUAUGACUAUUGUUCACACCAAAGGCACUCAUUUUUGGUUUAUGAGUUCUUGGAAGGGGGAAGCUUGGGAAAGAUAUUGAGCAUGGAGGAUCAGGUAUUAUACUUUGAUUGGAUUAAGAGAGUGAAUGUUGUCAAAGAUGUAGCAAAUGCUUUGUCUUAUAUGCACCACGACUGUACACCAGCAAUCAUCCAUCGAGACAUAUCAAGCAAGAAUGUUUUACUUGAUUUAGAGUAUGCGGCUCACAUAUCCGAUUUUGGCACAUCUAGAUUUAUGAAGCCUGACUCGUCCAAUUGGCCAUCAUUUGCAGGGACCAUUGGGUGCGCUGCUCCUGAACUUGCUUAUACAAUGGAAGUGAAUGAGAGAUGCGAUGUUUAUAGUUUUGGGGUUCUCACAUUGGAAGUGAUUAUGGGGAAGCAUCCAGGUGAUCUAACCUCCUCUCUGUCAUCAUCAUCAUCUUCCUACUCCUCAUCCACAUCAACUGCACAUGGGAUAUUAUUGAAGGAUGUGUUGGAUCAACGUCUCCCAGCACCUGAGAAUCAAGUCGCAGAGCAAGUAGUUGUGGUUGCAAAACUAGCAUUUGCAUGUUUGCAAGCCAAUCCACUAUCUCGGCCAACCAUGAGACAAGUUGCCAUGAAGCUAUCAGAUGAUCGAAGGACACAUGCAAAAUGA